CCCCCCUCCGGUGUGUCGGUGCUCGCGGCGGGCGGCACCGCCCCGGAGUGGCGGGCGGGGCGCAGCGCGGGGCCAGGCCCCCCCCCUCCCGCAGAGAUCCCUGUGUUGACAGAAGGUGCCUUUGCAAACGUCUUGUUUAACCCCCCCCUUUUGUCCCUAUUAUAAACAAAGGGGCUUUGCUGUCACGGAUAGUUAGAAGAAAUGAAGGCUAUAUCUUAUCCAAAUGGGAUAGGAAUGGUUAUUCAGUUGCCUUGGAGAUGAUCCUGCUGCUGUAAAUGCAGGUCUGAAGAUUGAUGGUGUGGGCAGUAUGGACCUAAUGAACGGACAGGCAAGCAGUAUUAAUAUUGCGGCUACUGCUUCAGAGAAGAGUAGCAGCUCUGAAUCCUUGAGUGACAAAGGUUCAUCUGAACUGAAAAAGAGCUUUGAUGCAGUGGUAUUUGAUGUUCUAAAGGUUACACCAGAAGAAUAUGCGGGUCAGAUAACUCUAAUGGAUGUCCCUGUAUUUAAAGCAAUUCAGCCAGAGGAGCUGGCAAGCUGUGGCUGGAAUAAAAAAGAGAAAUACAGUUCUGCACCAAAUGCUGUUGCUUUCACCAGAAGAUUCAAUCACGUAAGCUUCUGGGUUGUUAGAGAGAUUCUGCAUGCACAGACUUUAAAAAUAAGAGCUGAGGUUCUGAGCCACUAUAUUAAAACUGCGAAGAAACUGUACGAGCUGAACAAUCUGCACGCUCUCAUGGCAGUUGUGUCGGGCCUACAGAGUGCUCCGAUCUUCAGGCUGACGAAAACAUGGGCGUUGCUGAGUCGUAAGGAUAAAGCCACCUUUGAAAAGCUUGAGUAUGUUAUGAGUAAAGAAGAUAAUUACAAGAGGCUUAGAGACUAUAUCAGCAGCUUGAAGAUGACUCCUUGUAUUCCCUAUUUAGCUGACUCAGCUUUAUGGACUAAUUGUAUUUAUCUGUCAGACUUGACAUAUAUUGACUCUGCUUACCCGUCAACUGGCAGCAUUCUGGAAAGUGAGCAAAGAACAAAUUUAAUGAACAACAUUCUCCGAAUUAUCUCAGAUUUACAGCAGUCAUGUGAAUAUGAUAUUCCUCUGUUGCCUCAUGUCCAAAAAUAUCUAAACUCAGUUCAGUACAUAGAAGAACUACAGAAGUUUGUAGAAGAUGACAAUUACAAACUUUCAUUAAAGAUCGAACCAGGGACCAGCACCCCGCACUCUGCUGCCUCCAGAGAAGAUUUAGUAGGGUCUGAAGUCGGUGCGUCUCCGCAAAGUGGACGGAAGAAUCUUGCAGCUGAAGGGGCCUUGCUGCCACCAACACCCCCUUCACCGAGGAACCUGAUACCGCAUGGACAUAGGAAAUGUCACAGCCUGGGAUACAAUUUCAUACACAAAAUGAACACGACUGAAUUUAAAAGCGCAACAUUCCCCAACGCAGGACCAAGGCAUCUGCUGGAUGACAGCGUGAUGGAGCCCCAUGUCCCAUCCCGAGGGCAGGCAGAAAGCUCCACCCUUUCCAGUGGAAUUUCGAUAGGUAGCAGUGAUGGUUCUGAACUCAGUGAAGAGACUUCCUGGCCAGCGUUUGAAAGGAACAGGUUGUACCAUUCUCUCGGUCCGGGGACAAGAGUGUCACGAAAUGGCUAUCGAGGCCACAUGAAGGCCAGCAGCUCUCUAGAAUCUGAAGAUCUGGCUGUUCAUUUGUAUCCAGGAGCAGUUACUAUUCAAGGUGUUCUCAGGAGGAAGACUUUGUUGAAAGAAGGCAAAAAACCUACAGUAGCAUCCUGGACAAAAUACUGGGUAGCACUGUGUGGAACCCAACUCUUUUACUAUGCUGCAAAAUCCCUGAAGGCUACAGAGAGGAAACAUUUCAAAUCCACGCCGAGUAAGAACGUGUCGGUGGUGGGCUGGAUGGUGAUGAUGGCAGAUGACCCUGAACAUCCAGAUCUCUUCUUGUUGACCGAUUCUGAGAAGGGAAAUUCAUAUAAAUUUCAAGCUGGGAACAGAAUGAAUGCAAUGCUCUGGUUUAAACACCUGAGCGCUGCCUGCCAAAGCAACAGACAACAGGUUCCUGCCAACUUGAUGACCUUUGAAUAAUAGGCUAAUUCAAGACAACAAAAGAACACUUUGAACCAUCUCAUAAUUGAGAACGAGGUCCUGAUGAAAAAUGUGCCAGCUGUAUUCUGUGCCAGAACAGAGCCUGUCCACUUGAUCUCUGAACUCUGGAGCCCUGAACAAAACCACUAGUGGUUGGGGGGUGGAAUCCCCCAAACUAAACAUGGAGUCGCAACAUGAAUUGCCAUGGACCAUGCUUCGUUAUAUUCUCUGAAUUGACCUGUGGAAACCACUGCCUUAAAAGAGUGGAAGGAAAACCAACAUGAAACACCAAAUAGUGUGUGUGAAACUUCUGGCGGUGCUGUGCUUGAAUUAAUUAGAUUGUAGCUAGUUUGAGUUUCUUUUAACUUUAUACUAAUUUUGGAAAUAACUCACCUUUUUAGGUAUUCUUAAGAAAACAAGUAAGCUGGUAUUGAAGAGUUGUAUCAAAAGCUAUGUAUGAACCGGGUAAAAUUGGUACUAGAGAUGUGGUUUAGACUAUACCAGGAGUGCUCGAUGGGAGCUUGGCCCAGGUCCACGCAGCCUGGAGCAAUGUUAUUUCUCUCAGACCUACACAAAAAUGGAACAACUGCAGGCUUUCACCAGCAGUAAGUUUGCAGCCCUUGGUACUGUAUGGGAGCCGUAUUCCCAAAGAGUGGCACCAAGUCUGAGCACUUACACACCAAACAUUUUUUUUUUUUGGUACGUUGUUACCUAAUUCCUGGUUAAAAAUGUAGUUCAAGGGGUUUGGGUGGUCGGGGUGUGUGUGUGUGUGUGCGCGUGCGCGCAAGAGACAAAACUGAAAGCACUGUUGGGUCAGAACUGAGUGUUUUCUUCCCUUUUGUUUCUACACCUGUCAGUCUCCUGCAUCCGAAGGCUGAAUGACAAAAAAAAAAACACCACCAGGGGUAGAGUUCACUGACUUGUUUUACUUCUCUGGGUAUCGGUUAAUUAUCAGUUAGGGACCACUGUCAGUGUAUGAUGUUUCAUAAUAUCACAUAAAAGUUUGACAUUAUACAAAGAUAGAGGCACAAUUUCGAGCUUUCAUGUUCUCAUUUGGCAAUAAUUGAUUUUAUUAUCUGUCUUGGUCAAGAUAGUUGACGUUGUGUGGUAUUAAUAACAUGGCCUAAAGCAGACCUUACGUACAGAAGCCUUUUUGAUCUUCAGGCAAAUAGGUGAUUUAUUAGAAGGUAGGAUAACCUAAGGAGAGAAAAAGUGUGGGUCUAUCAAAAUUCCAUCCUUGGCAGGAAUAAUUCCUGGUCACUGAAAUUACUCACAGAGAAAAACAUAGUUGUAAAAAGGGAGCCAUGCUUUAUAUUUGUGGUUUUUUGCUUAAGACUUUGAUUCCUUCUUUAUUUGGGUUUCCUUGACAUCACUUAGAUGUAGUUUCCUGGAUGAUAAGUCUUUCUUUAAUCUUUGGAAGUAUGAUGUUUGUAAAGCAAGGAAACGUUGUCCAAAAUAUGACUCGGAUAUCAGAACUUCGAAGUCUGUGAAAAAGUAGUAACUAUUCCAUUGCCGUUGUGGUUUAGUGGCCGUAAAUACGCUUGCAGAGUCCACCAUGAACACUCCUUUUUAAAAAGAAAUAAGUUACCUACCAGUCUGUGGCCGAGUUCUCUGACUGUCUAAUAAAGGUUUCUACUAGUAGUGAUUAUUUUGAAAAUGUACAGUUUGUUUAUUGCAUCUGAGUAGAAGCCUAUAAAUCUACUUUUGGGGUUUUAUCUAGAGUCAAGUUAAUCUCUGAAUGGCCAUGAUUAAGUUCUGAUUUCGGGGGGGGGGGGGGGGUGGGCAAAAAAAAUGGAUCAUCCGGUCUCACAGUGAAAAUCCGAAACACAACCCAACCCCAACCACGUGGUGGCAUAGAGGAUAACGGAGUGGUUCGUGUUUCCAAGAAUUGUUCUUGUGAACUGGCUCUUGUUUGAAAGAAAACAGUAGAAGGAUGCUUCUGUCAGGAUUGCACCACAAGCACCGCAGGGAUUUGUGUCCCUUUGCAAUUGUUUUUGUGGUUUUAAAGGGGAAUGCAUGGUCUGUUCUCAUCUCAAAGUCGCUUGUUUUGGAAAGGGGUUGCUGGUGCUGAAUCCGUCUGCAAUUUACACAUCUCUCAAGUUUGCCCAUGUUGAGUGUAGAGUAAAAGCAGCAUCUUCGUAGCCAGCAGUGUUACUGUCGUAGACUUUGCACAACUUUUGUUUUGGGUUUGGUUUUUUUUUUCAUUUAAAAAAUAACUUGAUGUGAUUUUUUAACAGUGUGUGUACUCUUUUAAGCAUUGUGGAUAAUAGCCUGUGGAUUUUGAAAUUUUAAAUAAGCUAUUAUAGGUUCAUUGCAGCUUAACUAUAUCUGUCCUUCUGUUAGUGAAUGCUGGGAGCCACAGCCCGAUAUCACGCAGCUUUGCUAAAGACAGCAAGACAGCCAGGUUAGGAGGUGUCGUUUGUGUUUUAUUUAAUUUUUCCAGCUGUUUUGAGUUAGGGUUUUGUGGUAGGAAGAUAGUGGGGGAAAACAGUUCGCAAAUGAUCAUGUAGUAAAUUGCUGCCGUUACCAACUUUCAUUAUUCCUAGGCCUCCUACUCCUUCUUGAUUUUCUACCCUCAGAUAUGCUGGUUUUCGUGGGAGAGAUGGAAUAUUGUGGGAGGAGUUCCUUAAAAUGUGUAGCCAGAAUAGCUGGAGUUACUGAUGACGAAAGGGAAACUGUUACUGGCACUUGUUACAGUGAGCAAUUCAGUACUUCCCUGUUGUUUAUCUCUUGCUUAGCCACACAUCCUACAGGGCAACACAGAAAUCCUGAAUUGUUACAUAUUUUGAGAUAAAUGGUCCCCAGAAGGAGGGUGGUGGGUUUGUUCCCUAAGGGAAAGGUGCCUUAGCUAAGCUUUAGAAAGGCUCAGACAAGCCAAAAAUGCUGUUAAGAAAUGUAGUAGUGCCCUUUUUUUUAAAAAAGGGGAUUUAAAAAAAAAAAAUAAUAAUUAAAGCCAUUGCUGAGAAAACAAAGACAGGAAUGAGCUCAUGGUAUUCAGGUAAGACUGUCAUCCUGACUUCUUAUGAUAGUUGGCAGCUAUAGAAAUCUUUUUGAUUUCUGUUUUAUUGUAUUGCUCUAAUUCUCUAUCUUGUUAAUACCUGCUGAAAUACUCCAGCUAACACUUGUCACUUCAUUUCUUAAUUUUUUGAUUUUGAAACUAAAGAUGCCCCUUAACAGUCCCCUGAUUUGGAGGGAGAUGAGGAAAAAGCAUUUGGAGUAGAUGUUCCUAACAAGACUUCGCGUGGAGAUGCUUAUCCCUGGCUGACUGCCAACUGCUGUGGUAGGGAAUGGUGGAACAACAGGGGCUGCCUGGUCCGUGACACUGGUGUGAUGCACUAGAAGUACACAGCAUUGCACUGUUUGUUGCAAACUUACUGCUAACUUUUGUCUUUCUAACUUAAUCUGUGCUCGUUUUGGCUAGGUUUUCCAAUCCUACCUUCUAUUCCAUUGUUCCUAGAAAGAAAAUAAGGAGAUAGUUUUUAAAACUCUGAUCAUUUGCGUAAACAUCGCUCAUCCCAGACACAUUUCAUUAGCAGAAAUGUUGUGCCAAGGGAGUCUUAGUCGAGCUAUUUUGAUUCAUUGUGUAUUUAGGUGCAAGUUAUAGGCAAGUUAUAGGCAUUAAAACUACAAAUACUAAAUGAAUGCACGAGUACUUAAUGAAUGAGCUAUAGCACCCACUUUUAAAAGCAUGUUGGUGUUGGCGCUUUUGUACAACUGUGGAAAUCGUACCCUCCUUAGGAAGGAUGUGAAAGGAGAGCGCUGUGCUGGCAGGCAUCAUUUGCUGGCUCUGCGGCUGGCGCAUCGGCAGCCCACUGGUCACACAGGUGUGUUAGCUCCUGCUUGAGGUAAUAGAGUCUCUCCUGGGGAGCCAGAGGAUUCACUUUCCCUUCACAAAAAGCAACUGCAGAGCACUUGAACUUUUACCAAGAGAAGCGUUCGUAGCAGUAUGCGUAUUUGAAAACACACUGGGAGCAAAAGAAAGCUUUAAAACCCACUGCAGGAUUUUAUGAGUUAUGUCUUCCACGCUAGAAGCAAGUUCAUCUCAUCUAAUAUUUCUCGCAAAUUCAGCCUCCUCUGUUUGCGUUUAUACAUUUUCAGCAACAGUCCUCUCCUGUUAGUGUCAGACACAACAGAUGUUGAAAGGCAAUGCUUCCCCUCCCAGCAGGAGUAACUGCGGUUCCUGUGCUGCCAAGGCACUCGAGGAGGCGAGGUCCGUUUUGGUAAGACACAAAGUGAUCUUGUGGUUUGAGUUAACAGCAACAAACCUUGUCCAAAUCAAGAUAAGAUAAAGCAUGGGAUGUUUGUUUCUUCUGGCUCUGGCAGCAGCAUUUUUCUUCACUCUUUGUCCCUUUUUUGGUGUAGUAACUCACAGCAUUAGUAGUUCCAGUCUUUUCUGUGACUGGCUGUAGGCUCCUGCCUGUUGGAAGCAUCAAGACACCCAGGCUGGUACCCAGCCACACUCGUUAAUGGCAUAUUCUCCCUACGAGGGGAAGUUUGAAAACUUCUGUUGUUAUUUAAGUAUUGUCCUUUUUCUUUAUUUUUUUUCUCUAAAAGUGGCUUCUGCAUAGGGUGACUUGGCUUGGGAAAGUUGUUAGAAGAAUCCAUACGAGUGGACAGUUUACUUGUUGGUAGGAGUUAUUGGUUUUUUUAAAACCAUCAUUAUAAUUUGUCAUGGAUUGAGAGGAUGAGUGCUUGGAUUUAAGGAGGACUUUUUGUCAGUGCCUUAUUAUUCACUUGAAGACCAAUUCCUUUAUUUCCGUGCUGAGAGUACCACAGUGGCAGACUUGCCUACAGUGUCCUCAGUGUACCGAGGGGUGACAUUCCUUACAGUCAUCGCAUUUCUGCAGGAGUUUGUUGUUUUGAUCAACACAGAGUAGUUGUGGCUUGAGUUGCUUUAGUAUUUUCUUUCUGUAUUUGUGUAACCUCUUGGGAAAAACACAGAGGUGUUUAGUAGCUUGGAUUUGUUCAGCUUUUAUCAGAAGUAGCUCAAAGUUCUUCAAAAUCAAUUUAUUUUUACUUUAGUGUGUCUCUAAAUAGAUUUAGUAGGGAGGAAAGUUGCAAAAGGUCAUCCCAGUCAUGGUCUAGACCCCGCGAGCUUAAGAGCUCACAUUAUUAGAAAGGAGUUUGCUUUUCUCCCAUUUUGAUUUAAACAUUGCAGAGUACUCUUAUGAGAAAAUUUAUUCCUUACAAGUUUUUUGUUAAUGUAAAAUAAGAACUACAGGAAAAAAAAAAUGUUUGGGGCAAGAGAAGGCUUGGAUAAUUCCUAAUAUCCCCUGAACUCAAUUUUGCGUUCUGUAUUUCUAGUGCAAACACUAUGUAGAGAGUACUGUACUUGCUGCAGCAACUGCUAGAGAUUGCUUUAGUAGCAAGACUUUCUAAAUUCUGGAAGGGAAAAUGAAAGAAAGAAUGUGUUAUUCUUAAGCAACUAAAUAUUUGUUUUCCUGAAACGCAUCCUUAUAAAACCAUAGCAGCUUUACUGCAGCGUUUCUAAAUUUGGAAGUUGGAAAGGGAAGGAUAAUUUGAAAAUUCAUCUCAUGCUUUUUAAGACUCCUCAAAGACAAUAGAAGGGUUAUCUCAAAGGAGAAGAGGCACAUUACUGCGUUUAGCUAUGCCUGUUGCAGAACAGAGCUGACAAGAUUCCUUGAAGUUUAUGUUGCUGAGACAAAAGGUGUUAAUGAAAUGCAAGUUCCUGCAGCUCACGUGGGGUAGUGGCCAUUAACCUGGUUCCGCUCUGGAGCGACUCAAGUGUCCUGAGUAUUCAGUUUCUUUUCUGUGCUUUAUUAGCUUAUUAUUUCUCUCUAUUUGGGUAGGUUCUGGCCUUCACAUGUGUUUUCUGAAGGCAUUUUUUACCAUUCCUAAGCUGUUCACACAUAAAACUGAAAAGCAGUGUAUAAAUUGAUUAAAGAAAGAAAGGAUUCUUGGGUGUGUCAUUUCCAGGCACUUCUGGCUCCUGCGUACAGGGAGCAUCCAUUCCGAUACUGCUGUGCUGAAGUAUGAAAAGCACCAGGAAAUCAUGCGUAUACUUGUGAUAACAGUCCUGUGAGGACCAACCGUCACUGGAAGGGGGGUCAAGUUUGUCGCGCAGUGAACACGAGCCAUUUGUAAUAUUCCCUGCAGGCAUGAGGUGUCACAAUGGCAGAGAGAUUGCACUAUGAUCUCAUGGAGUGAUGUGCAGUUUGGCUGUCCUCUAGCCUUUGUUCUCCCACUUUUUUAAUACUUUAUUCUGUGUGUGUGUGUGUGAAAAUGUGUGUUUGGAUAAGCUAGUUCAUAUGAAUUUAAGUACAGGUUUCAAAAAAACUUUCCUACUGAAAUAAAUGAUUUAAACGGUGGCCUGUGUCU